AUGAGUAAAGAGGCCAGAAGCAAUACGGCAUCUUCUUUAGAUAUUAAUUCAAUAAAAUUACGUAAUUCCUGUUUGAGUGGGAUUAUUUCAACAAUUGGACCGAGCACAAACUCGGUGGAGAUGAUAAAUAAGCUUCGUUGUGCAGGAGUUACUAUUAUACGUAUGAAUUUUAGCCAUGGUUCAUAUGAGUAUCAUUCAAGUGUGUUAAAAAAUGCACGUGAAGCAGUAAAGGUACUUCCAGGCCGUCCUUUAGCUAUAGCGUUAGAUACGAAAGGACCGGAAAUUCGUACGGGAAGUACAAUUGAUGGGAAGGAAUAUCAUGUUACUAUGGGACACCAAUUAAUUGUUUCAACUAAUCCACAAUAUGCCGAGAAGUGUAAUGAUCAGAUUUUAUAUGUUGAUUAUAGUAGAAUAUGUUGCGUGGUAAGGGAGGGCAGUAUUAUAUAUAUAGAUGAUGGAACAUUGUCUCUUUGUGUACUUGAAGUGGUUAACUCACAAACACUUAAAGUAGUAUGUCUUAAUGAAGGCAUAAUUUCUAGUCAUAAAGGUGUAAAUCUUCCUGGGACGGAUGUAGAUUUGCCUACUUUAAGUGAAAAAGAUGUUAUGGAUCUUCGAUUUGGCGUCGAAAAUGAAGUGGAUAUAAUAUUUGCCAGUUUUAUUAGAAGCAAAAAUGAUAUAAUUACUAUUAGACAAGUGCUUGGGGAAGCUGCUAAUAAGAUAAAAAUAAUCGCAAAAAUAGAAAACAAGCAGGGUAUUGAUAAUUUUGAUGGUAUUUUGGAAGAAGCAGAUGGUAUUAUGGUCGCAAGAGGUGAUUUAGGUAUUGAAAUUCCUCAAACGCAAGUUUUUAUUGCUCAGAAAAUGAUGAUUUCUAAGUGUAGUAUUGCCGGAAAGCCUUCUAUUUGUGCAACACAAAUGCUUGAGCAUAUGAUUAAAAAUCCUCGUCCUACACGAGCAGAAAUUACUGAUAUUUGCACUGCUAUAUUAGAUGGGGCCGAUUGUUGCAUGUUAAGUGGCGAAACUGCUAAAGGAUUAUAUCCUAUUGAGUCAGUUACAAUGAUGCGUGAUUCUAUCCUUAUAGCUGAGUCAGUUAUACGUUAUGAAACUUUUUUUAAUGAACUUCGUCAAUUAAUUCCUAAGGAUGUAUCUGUCACUGAAGCUAUAUGUUGUGCAGCAGUCGAAGCUCAGUAUAGAAAUAAUGCAAAAGCAAUCAUUCUCUUAUCUUCAUCUGGAUUAACUGCUCGUCUUUGUUCAAAAUAUCGUCCAAGAGUUCCAAUUAUAAUGGUUACACGUAGCGAAUCAGUUGCUCGAUUUUCCAACUUAUAUCGUGGUGUAUAUCCAUUAUUAUAUCUUGCACCAAAAUAUCAAACUAUAGAAGAAUGGCAAGAAAGUGUAAACUUUAGAAUCAAUUGGGCUAUCAAGCAAGCAAUUGAUCUUGAAAUCGUACAAUCCGGUGAUAAUCUUGUUAUCAUACAAGGAUACAGAGAUGGCUUUGGUCAUUCUAAUACCGUAAAACUUCAUAAAAUAUCUUAA